CGGUGCCAUCUAUCUCGGUUUAUGGCGGCUUCGUUCGCGCCGUUGUUGUCCCUCUAGCUUCGCCGCUCUCUGUUUGAGACUAGAACUUCAGUUUGUUGAUUAAAGCUAGCCGUGAGAUAAUUGAUUAAGAUGUCUGACCAUAGUCAGGACCCUAAACCUGAGGGAGACAGCUCGUCAGAGUACAUAAAGCUAAAAGUUGUUGGCCAGGACGGCAAUGAAAUUCACUUCAGGGUCAAGAUGACCACACAGAUGGGCAAGCUUAAGAAGUCGUACAGUGAACGUGUGGCAGUCUCUGUUAACUCGCUAAGGUUCUUGUUUGAUGGGAAAAGAAUCAAUGAUGACGAGACACCGAAGCAGCUGGAAAUGGUCAACGACGACGUCAUCGAGGUCUACCAGGAACAGACAGGCGGCCGCUAGCAUUCCAGCCGCAGGGACCGUCACACAUUGUGCCAGUCCGCCCUACCAACAUGUGCAAAUUCGUGCAGAAUGCCAGUGUUGCCAACCCCCGUACACUGAACGAUAGGACAGGGCAGAGAAAAGACAUCCCGCCAUACUUUGUAGAGAAGGAGUGCAAGGAACUUUCGCGCUGCUGCAUAUAUAUACUGUUUUUUUUUUCCUCUUUCGUUUCAAUAAUCACAGAGCCAUUGUUCACAAAACUGAUCUUGCAUAAUUUGCAUUGCAUUCGUGCAUGGACACCGCGGCAUUCACCGCGGUCAGAUGACCGGAAUUAGGACGAGGGCGCGCACCAGGACGCUUGUUGAAUGCUGGAGUUCGAAGUAUUUUUAGUGCGGGGGGGUCCUGGGGGGGUAUUCGCAAGUUUUUGUCCUUUCACCUCUUCCUUCUUCCCCAGAGAAAAGUCACAAUCGCGGGGGCAACACUUUUGUUACUGGCUCUGCCUGGUUGAGCAUGAUGUUGGUAACCAGUGGAACUGUGUACUACGAAUUUGGGACGUUCAGGUUCAUGUGGAGCCAAGUGUGUGUGUAAAUAAAGUUUUAUUUCUUCCUUUGC